AUGUCAUUGAAAGCCGUCAUUCUCGUUGGUGGUCCUUCCAGAGCCACUCGCUUCCGUCCUUUGUCUCUCGACGUACCAAAACCUUUAUUCCCUGUCGCCGGUGCCCCCAUCAUCUCUCAUCAUUUGGCCGCUCUUACAAAAGUCGAAGGCCUUAAAGAAGUUCUUAUUAUCGGCUUCUUUGAAGAUAAUGUCUUUUCCCGCUUUGUCGAUGAUGCUGCAAACGAGUUCCCCAGCUUGAAUAUUCGCUAUCUUCGCGAGUAUCAAGAGUUAGGCACUGCUGGUGGUCUUUAUCACUUUAGAGACGAGAUCCUUCGUGGCAACCCUGAGCAGUUUUUCGUCAUCAAUGUUGAUAUCGCUUGCUCUUUCCCCUUGAAUGAGAUGAUCGAUGCUCAUAUGAAACAUCGUGGCGUAUGCACUAUGCUUGGUACAAAGGUACCUCGCGAGCAAGCCACCAAGUAUGGUUGUUUGAUUGCUAAAGCAGGCACCAAUGAAGUCAUGCACUAUGUCGAGAAGCCUGAGACAUUUAUUUCAGACACUAUUUCAUGCGGCGUGUACUUGUUUGAUACUUCAGUGUUCAACGAGAUGAAGAAGGCCAUUGAUCGCAAAAAGGAUUCCAUGGAAGAAAAUGAUUACCUUUGGACACCUUCCGAUGAUCGUUUACGUCUUGAGCAAGAUUUGUUGCGUCCUUUGUCCCAACAACACAAGCUCUACGUUUCCAUCACCGAAAAGUUUUGGCGACAAAUCAAGACAGCUGGUUCUUCGAUCCCUGCCAAUGCAGCUUAUCUUGAACAAAUGGCAAAGGAUUGCCCUGAAAAGCUCGCACAACAAAAGCCGGAUGGGCCCGAAAUCAUUGGUGCAGUUUAUAUUCAUCCAUCAGCACAUGUGGAUCCCACAGCCAAGAUUGGUCCAAACGUGUCGAUCGGCCCACGUGUCACCAUCGGUAAAGGUGUCCGUAUCAAGGAUUCCAUCAUCCUCGACAAUGUCCAAAUUGGCACUGCUAGUUGUAUCUUACAUUCGGUCAUUGGAUGGAACAGCAAGAUUGGUGCUUGGGCUAGAGUGGAAGGUAGCCCUGCUGGUGAUCACAAUAUUGAUAUGAUGAAGAACGGUGUCAAGAGCCAGAGCAUUACUAUUCUAGGCAAGGAGGUUUCCGUGAUGGAUGAAACUAUUGUACGCAAUUGUAUCGUUCUUCCCCACAAGGAGCUCAAAUCAUCAUACCAUAGCGAGAUCCUUAUGUAA